GUUUAUUAAUUUCAGAACAUAUCUGAAUGACUUCUCUGUGGCAUAUGCUUCAGUAGAGGAGCAGACAGUUCCUAACCAGGGACAGAUUUCAAGUUCUUCUCUAUUGGUACCACUACCACCAGAGAUUCCUCUUCAGAGUCAACGUUUAAGAUCUUCCCUGAGGACAGCUUGGUGUCUGAAAACCCACACAAGUGCCUCUGGUCAAUCAUUCUCUUCACAGCAUCACAGUCUCCUCUCCUGGCAAAGCAUCUGCUCUGCUGAACUUUGUUUAUGGAAACAACUUCUCCCUGAGAACUGGUUGAAAACAAUUCCCCAGGGGCCGUGCAUCCCAGCAUGGAGGUGAAGAGCUUUGCAGUUUGGGAUUAUGUCGUAUUUGCAGCCCUCUUUAUCAUUUCCUCUGGAAUUGGGGUGUUCUUUGCUAUUAAGGAGAGAAAAAAGGCAACUUCAAGGGAGUUCCUGGUUGGGGGAAGGCAAAUGAGCUUCGGCCCUGUAGCGUUGUCUCUGACAGCCAGCUUCAUGUCAGCGGUCACUGUGCUGGGGACCCCUGCUGAGGUCUACCGCUUUGGGGCAUCCUUCUUCCUCUUCUUCAUCUCAUAUACAUUUGUCAUCACCUUCACUUCGGAGCUCUUUCUCCCCGUCUUCUACAGAUCUGGCAUCACCAGCACUUAUGAGUACUUAGAACUGCGGUUCAACAAACCAGUUCGCUAUGCAGCAACUAUCAUCUACAUUGUGCAGACGAUUCUCUACACGGGAGUAGUGGUCUAUGCUCCUGCUCUGGCGCUCAACCAAGUGACUGGGUUUGAUCUCUGGGGCUCUGUGUUUGCAACAGGAAUUGUUUGCACAUUCUACUGUACGCUGGGAGGAUUAAAAGCAGUGGUGUGGACGGAUGCAUUUCAGAUGGUUGUCAUGAUUGUGGGAUUCUUAACGGUUCUCAUUCAAGGAUCAGCUCGUGUUGGUGGAUUGCCCAAUGUAAUAGAACAAUCAACAAAUGGAUCUCGACUAAACAUACUUGACUUUGAUGUAGAUCCUCUCAGGCGGCACACUUUCUGGACAAUCUCAGUGGGAGGAACUUUCACAUGGCUUGGGAUCUAUGGAGUUAAUCAGUCAACCAUCCAGCGAUGUAUCUCUUGCAAAACAGAAAAGCAUGCGAAGCUAGCCUUGUAUUUUAACUUGUUGGGUCUCUGGAUCAUUCUAGUGUGUGCUGUCUUCUCUGGUUUAAUCAUGUACUCCUACUUCAAAGACUGUGACCCUUGGACUUCUGGCAUUAUCUCAGCACCAGACCAGCUGAUGCCCUAUUUUGUCAUGGAGAUAUUUGCUACGAUGCCAGGACUGCCAGGACUCUUUGUAGCUUGUGCCUUCAGUGGGACUUUGAGCACCGUGGCCGCCAGUAUCAAUGCCUUAGCAACAGUGACCUUUGAGGAUUUUGUCAAGAGCUGUUUUCCCCAUCUCUCCGACAAGCUGAGCACCUGGAUCAGUAAAGGCUUAUGUCUCUUGUUUGGCAUGAUAUGUACUUCCAUGGCUGUGGCUGCAUCCCUCUUGGGGCCUGUUGUGCAGGCUGCCCUCAGUAUCCAUGGCAUGUGCGGGGGACCAAUGUUGGGCCUGUUCUCUCUGGGAAUCAUAUUCCCUUUUGUGAACUGGAAGGGUGCCCUAGGAGGUCUUCUGACUGGAAUCACCUUGUCGUUCUGGGUGGCCAUUGGGGCCUUCAUUUAUCCUGCACCAGCCUCCAAGACAUGGCCCUUGCCUUUAUCGACAGACAAGUGUACCCCGUCGAAUAUGACAGAAUCAGUGCCUCCAACGCUAUCCAGCAGACCUGCAAUUGCUGACACCUGGUAUUCAGUCUCCUACCUUUACUACAGUGCAGUAGGCUGCCUAGGGUGCAUGGCUGCAGGAAUAAUCAUCAGCUUCAUAACAGGUCAUCAAAGAGGCAAAGAUAUUCAACCACUUCUAAUUAGACCAGUUUGCAAUUUAUUUUGCUUUUGGUCUAAGAAAUACAAAAGACUGUGCUGGUGUGGAGUUCAGCAUGAAAAUGGGACAGAGCAGGAAAACCUUGAGAAUGGCAGUACCUGGAAACAAGGAGCCGAGUCUGCCUUACAGAAUGGACUCAGGCGAGAGAGCCUGGUCCCUGUUCCAGGCUAUGACUCCAAGGACAAGAGCUCCAACAAUACGGCGGUGGAGAAGAUCACCCAUUUCUAAGGCCAUCCGGACACACAUGCACGCACCCCACCCCCACCCAAAACACACCCACAUACACAGAUACACACAGUCCACAUCUUGUCUGCUGGUUAAUAGACUUUGUGUAGUUGCCCCUGAUAGAAAAUAGGAAUGUCUAAUGUCUAUUUAUACUUAUUUAUAACUACAAAUAAAAUGCCUGUGCCACAGGAUAGUUCCAGAAUGUUCUUUGGAAGGCCCCAAAGAUAUUUUCAGAUAAGAAAAUUAUAGCCAAGCCUGAAAUA